AUGGCUCCUCUUCCCCAGAAAGUCGGCGUCUUGGUCGUCGGAAGUGGCAACGCUGGUUUCGCAGCAGCUCUUUCCGCCGCUGAGAAUGGCGCAAAAGACAUCCUCAUCAUUGACAAGUGCCCCGAAGAAUGGGUUGGCGGUAAUUCUUACUUUACCGCUGGUGCCUACCGAAUCGCACAUAACGGUCUUCAAGAUUUAUUGCCAAUCGUCAAUAAUGUCUCACCUGAGCAAGCCGACAAGAUUGACCUGACACCAUACACUGCCAAGGACUUUCAAGAUGACAUAGACAGAGUUUGCAUGGGACGUUCGGACCCAGUGCUUGCUAGGGCGCUCGUUGAAAACUCCAAUGAAGCAAUCAAAUGGCUUGCUUCCAACGGCAUUCGCUUCCAACUCUCAUUCAACCGACAAGCUUACGAAGUUGAUGGAAGAAUCAAGUUCUGGGGUGGUCUUCAUAUCAAGACCCAAGAUGGAGGCAAAGGUCUCAUUGAAGACUACCUCGCCGCGAUCAAGAAACGAAACAUCCAUGUUUCGUGGUCGACAGCGCUCACAGGACUGCAAAAGCGCUCAAAAGAUGACAACUACGAUGUUGAAGUCUCAAUCAAUGGACAACAGCGUGUAUUCACUGCUGGCGCUGUCAUCCUGGCCGCAGGAGGAUUUGAGUCUAACCCACAAAUGCGAAGUCAAUUCAUUGGACCUAGCUGGGACAUGGCCAUGGUUCGUGGAACACCUUACAACACUGGAGAGGUCUUGAAUCUAGCGAUCCAGAAGUUGGGCGCAAAGGCGGUAGGCAAUUGGUCUGGGUGCCAUUCCGUUGCUUGGGACGCCAACGCUGACCCAAACACUGGUGACCGAGAAGCUUCCAACGAGUAUACGAAAUCAGGUUAUCCUCUUGGCCUUAUGUUGAACGUGGAUGGUCAACGAUUUGUGGAUGAGGGAGUGGACUUGAGGAACUAUACUUACGCUAAAUUUGGUCGAGCUAUUCUGCAGCAACCUGAGCAAUUGGCCUUUCAAGUUUGGGAUUCUCGAACGAUCGACUGGCUCCGAAUGGAAGAAUAUCGCGAGGAACGUGUUGAGCGAAUAUUCGCCAAGACCAUCGACGAGCUUGCUGAGAAGUGUGCUGAGCGCGGUCUUCGAAACAAGGGUGCUUUCGUUGACACAAUUCGAGAGUACAAUGAAGCUGUAUACGCGCACCGUCAAGAAAGCCCCAACGUGAAAUGGGACCCUGCCAUUCGAGACGGUGUCUCCACCCAGUCCUCCAAGAAGAAGCUAGCUUUGGCAAAGUCGAACUGGGCUUUACCUUUGGAUCAGGGCCCUUACAUGGCUGUCAAAGUGACGUGUGGCAUCACCUUCACCUUUGGUGGUGUCAAGGUCGAUCCCGAAUCUGCGCAGCUGAUCCAUGGCUUGAGUGGCGCUCCAGUGCCGAAUGUAUUUGUCGCAGGCGAAAUGGUUGGGGGUUUGUUUUAUUCCAAUUAUCCAGGUGGAAGCGGAUUAACGUCUGGUGCAGUCUUCGGAAGGAAAGCUGGUAAGGCCGCUGCAGAGGCUGCUUCAAAAACAGACCAGUCAUUCUCGAGCCGUCUGUAG